AUGAGGCAAAGACUGACCAUAUUCAAUUCUGGAUCAUCACAUGAUGACGUGAUUCAGAACCUCAGCGCGACAAAUUUCAAAUUAGUUGCACCUUCAUGGGAACAACGAUUUUCCAUUGAGAAUAAAUACACCAUACCUAUCCCAACGCCACUUCAAUAUAUUCGCCAAUUACGUAUUCAGUCAAAGAGGCUGUACAAUGAUGUGGAUCCUAUAUUCCCAUUCGAUUUUACUACAGGGUUGAAUAUUUAUGUGUUGCCGAAAAACACCGUCAAUGAUGAUGAUGACAGCGAAUUCUUUAAUGAAUUGAGUAGUGUGGUAAAGGCGGUGGUGAAUUUGGAUAUCAAUGCAUCUGAAUGGACUAAUUCCGUCAACUCGUUAUAUUAUUACAGUUCCCAACCAGCGCAAUUACAACCACAAUCGCCGUGGCUUGGGCAUACUAGCAUACAAGAUUAUGAUUCCACGUUCGAUUUAGUGUACAAUGCAGAUGAGUCCUUGAAACAAGUGAUAUUACGUCAAUUGGUGACUAAUGUUACUGAAGUUGAAUAUGACUUGAAACUUGGUGAAUAUAAAGAGAUUGGAUUGUUUUUAAACGAUGUCAAGGUAUCUCAAACCAAAGACGAUGUUGUGUUGAGUGGGUUGCGAGUGAUUUUGGAUGGACAAAGUGAACCACAAGAUCAAGUGGGUGACAAGAAUAUCCACAAGACAUUGUUUCAUUUAAAGCCUAGACAUAGGUACUUACCAGGGUCAGUAUCAUCUACGAUAGCACCACAAGGAUUACAUCCAGUAUUAUCAACCACUGUCUCAACGGAAAAUGACUUGGCUUCUACAAUCAAUCAUGAGAUUAUUGGAGUCGAUGAGGACGUAGAGGUUUGCAAUAGUUAUUAUUACCUCAAUUUGAAUAAAUCGUUGAUAUUUGACGAGUAUCAAAAUGUUCCACUAAAUACAACUUUGCUUGUCAAUAAUGGCGUUUCAAAUUUGGAAUUACCAGAGUAUAAAAUAGACCAAUGGGGAAGUGAAUUAUUGUUUCAAAUAAACAGGGGAAACGAGGCCUAUGAAGAUGCAUCAUCACCAGCUAGGUUUGGUUUAAACUUGACAUUGCACUCGCGAUAUCAAUUACCCAAUAAUAGUGAUACGGCCGCACCUUUUACUCAAAUUAUAACCCCACAACCACAAUUUUUUAUUGCUUGUAAAGUGAAGGAGGGCCAUUUGUUGAACAAGUCACCAUUUGAUUCCAAAAGAUUGAACUUUUUGGGAAACAAUUAUGAAUCUUACUUCCAAAAUGAUACAGUGUUUUAUCACUUUAACGAAUUAGGCAGUAUCAAUCAUUUAUCGGUGGAUAUACCCCACGGAACAACAACGUUUGAUCGUGUAAAUUCAAUAACCACAUUUACAAUAAUCAUUGGUAUUGGCAUUAUAUUUUGGGCCAUUUUGCAAAAACUAACCAGACCAAGAGCAACUACAGCCAUUAACCAAAAAUCUAAAACUGAAUAA